UCUCCCGGAAGAAGUGUGCGGGGAGCGGACCCGGAAGCGCAGCGGUGUGGGGGGAAGAUGGGGUGCGAUGGCGGCACCAUCCCCAAGCGGCACGAACUGGUCAAGGGGCCCCGCAAAGUCGAGAAGGUUGACAAAAACGCUGAGCUGGUGGCAAGGUGGCACUACUGUGCUCUGAGCCAGGAGAAGCUUCGUCGGCCAAUUGUAGCCUGUGAGCUAGGCAGGUUGUACAAUAAAGAUGCUGUCAUUGAGUUUUUGCUGGACAAGUCAGCUGAUAAAACUCCCAUGGAAGCUGCAGCCCAUAUCAAGAGCAUUAAGAAUGUAACAGAACUAAACCUGACGGAUAACCCAGCUUGGAGUGGUGAUAAAGAGAGCAUAAAAGGUGACAAGUAUGAUGACAUCCAGUCUGCAUGCUUUAUAUGCCCUGUUGUGGGACUGGAAAUGAAUGGAAGACACAGGUUUUGCUUCCUGAGAAACUGUGGCUGUGUGUUCUCUGAACGUGCUCUCAGAGAAGUCAAAACAGAAGUUUGUCACAAGUGUGGUGUUCCCUUUCAAGAGGAAGAUGUCAUUAUCCUUAAUGGUAAUAAAGAAGAUGUGGAAGUAUUGAAGAAAAGAAUGGAGGAUAGAAGACUUAAAAGCAAAUUAGAAAAGAAAUCAAAGAAGUCUAAGCCUGCAGAAUCAGCUCCCCGACAAGAGCCCACUGAAGAUUCUCCAGGUCCCUCAAAGCCUAAGAAUGAAAAAGACUGUAUCAAUACCAAUUCUGGGGAAAAGAGGCAGAUUAUCUUCACCAAAAGUUCAGAUAAUGGAAAUUCAUCUGUGCCAGGAAAAGUCAAUAAGAUCAAUAAGGCUUCUUCUGCCACUGUGAAGAGAUCCAUUGCAGACAGCGAGGAGAAGUCUGAGGCAUACAAAUCUAUUUUUACAUCACACAGCUCAGCAAAACGUUCAAAGGAAGAGUGUUCCAAUUGGGUUACUCACACAGCAUAUUAUUUCUGAAACAAUGAUGAGCCUGAUUGUAACAUUCAUUACUUCUUUCCUUCCCUUAGGCUUUUUCUGUACAACUCUGAUACAGAACUUGUAUUGUAAUCUGAUGUUAUCUGGAAUUACUCAGUUUGUAAGUUGUUUAUAAACUUGUGUUAUUUGCAGCUUUUGUUAAAUAAGAAAUAGAUCACCAGAAUCCAUGUUUUAUCAGCAGACUUCAUUCUAAAAUGAUGGAUUAUUUGCACAAUUUUUUUUCUUUUCUUCUCCCAGUUGGAUGCUAUCAUUCUUUGCCACAUUAGUGAGCGUCCUCAGUAGGAGGAGUGAGGGUUGAAGGAUCUGCCUUCUAUCCACUUCUGUUGAUAUUUGCUGCAACUGUAUUUAUAGUUUUCAACGUAUUAGUGCAGAAUAUCAAACUUUUCAGAACUUUCUGAUAGUAAAAAGAGCAAUAAAGCUGUUGUUUUGUACUAACUAACUAGGCACUUGGUAGAAUAUAUCAGUAGAACUAAUAUAUCUUUCUUAAGGGUUCAGUUUGCAAGUAGUUUACCUUUUGAUGGACUAUAUGAAAGCAUAAUCUUUGGACAACAUUCUUCUUGUAUAUAUUGUUGUAGCCUGUUUUUAAUAACAGGAUAUUCCCUUGUAAGUCAUAAUCUAUAAAGGUGAGCCUGUAAUAGUAAGGCUCUUGUUUGGGUUUUUUUAAAGUUAGAAGCAUCAGGUCUGAGCUUACUUUCCUCUGUCACAAGACCAGUAUAAACUGGAACCAAAAUAAGAGUUUCCUUAAUUUUCUGUUGAAACAGUAAGGUUCUGAGUACACCUCUGCAAUUUGUCAUUCUAUUUGACUGUUAAUUGCUUUAAACAGAGAUGCUAAACGUGGUGUGUUGCUCCAUUUUGCUUUUAUAUUUAUGCUUUUUAUCCCUGUGACAUUGAUUUGAAUAAAACUUGCUCUUUCCCUGUGACUGUAA